UUUGUGUGUGCGUGCUUAAUAACGCCCCGGCCAGAUUUGUGUCUGAACGCCACUGUUUCAGCACUAUCUCGAUAUGCUAGCCUUGAGCUGCCUGCUACACUGACAAGUUUCUGCGAUAUAGCCGAGAGUGGCUACGCGAGCGAGCAUCACAGCCUGAUAGCCUGCUGCUACCCCGGGAGAGGCAAUGAUGGCGGCGGCCGUAGAGAGAGGAGGAGUGCGGGCCGCUUUCCUGAACCCAGGUAGCGGCGGCGGGAUCGGUGGACCACCCCCGGCACCUAUGCAAUCUGCUCCCGGAGCCGCGGUUGGGGCGGGAGGCAUGGGUUCGAAUUCGGGUGGGUCGGAUGGUCCCAUGCCCGUGCCUAUGAAUCUUUUUGCGACAUGGGAAAUAGACCGCUCUUCUCCGAGUUGUGUUCCAAGAUUGUGCAGCCUGACCCUCAAGAAGCUGAUUGUCCUCAAAGAAUUGGACCGAGAGCUUAGCUCCGUGGUGAUAGCUGUCAAAAUACAGGGCUCCAAGCGCAUCUUGAGGUCCAAUGAGUAUGUACUUCCUCCAGAUGGACUGAUGGAGACUGACCUUGAGCUGACCUUCUCACUCCAGUAUCCCCACUUCCUCAAAAGGGACGCCAACCGAUUGCAGAUCAUGCUGCAGAGGAGGAAGCGAUAUAAAAACCGCACCAUCCUGGGGUAUAAGACCUUAGCUGUGGGCGUCAUCAAUAUGGCAGAGGUGAUGCAGCAUCCGACAGAUGGAGCCCAGAUCCUGGGUCUCCAUAGCAACGUGAAGGAGGUGCCGGUGCGUGCGGCCGAGCUCAGCGUGUAUUCCCUGUCCAGUCAGCCCAUUGACCAUGAGGACGGCAGCGGGCAGCCAGGGACCAAGGCCAAAGCCUUAGAUCGCUCCCCGGAUAUGGACAACUACUCAGAGGAUGACGACGACAGCUACUCCUCGGAGCAGGAAGCUAGCGACGAUGCUGUUCAACCAGUGGACCUGUACGAUGAGGAUGAGGAUGUGCAAAGGAAGCCAAAGAAAAACCGGAGGAAAAUGAUUCGUACAACAUCCAUGACAAGGCAACCCAAUUUCAAACAGAAGUUUGUGGCCCUGUUGAAGAGAUUCAAAGUGACGGAUGAGGUUCUGGACUCGGACCCAGUGGACCAGACCCAGGAGGUGGAGGAGGAUCUGGACCUGCUCUAUGAUAGUCUGGAGGUUUACAACCAGAGUGACAGCGGACCUGAGAUGGAGGACAACGAGAGUGUCCUCAGCACGCCCAAACCCAAACUCAAGCCCUUCUUUGAGGGAAUGUCCCAUUCGAGCUCCCAGACUGAGAUUGGGAGUCUACACAGUCAGAAGAGCCAGCCCAGGGACCUGGCCAGCAUCGGUGGAGAGCUGCUGUCCCCGGACAGGGCCAAAGUCCAAAUAGGGACCAAGUAUACAGACGACAGCGCCGGAUUGGAGUCUCCUGCAGGGGAUGCGGAGGAUGAGGAGACUAGGGCUGGCACAGGGUCAGGGGAGGCUAACCCCACUCCCAUCAGCUGGGACCUGAGCACGGACAAACUGCCCGGCCCAGUGGCCAAACUCUGCAAGACCGAGUCCCAGACACUCAUGUCGCCGAGUAAAACAGAGAACAAGCUGCAGAGGCGUCCUAGAAGCACAUCCAUGAAGGACCGACAGAACUCCAAGGCCCAGAGUGACAGGACCAGCAGCAUCGACAGCGAGACAUCCCCGGAAUCCAGGAUCGCUGUCCAGGUCCCCAGGAAGUCAGUGUAUGACCAGCUAAACCAGAUCCUUAUCUCCGACGAGCAGCUCCCCGAGAGCAUCAUCCUCAUCAACACCACAGACUGGCAGGGCCAGUAUCUAUCUGAGAUUCUCCAUGAGCACAGCCAGCCUAUCGUGUGCACCAUCUCUGGUGCGGAUGUCCAUGCGGCCUUCAACACCAUAGUCACCAGGAUCCAGAGAUUCUGUAACUGCAAUGCCCAGACACCCCCCACCAUCAAAGUGGCAGUGGCCGGAGACCAGAGUUACCUCAGCACCAUCCUCAGGUGCUUCGUGGAGCAGCUGGCUAACAAGACGCCUGAUUGGCUCAGCUACAUCCGCUUCCUGGUCAUCCCUGUUGGCACUCAUCCUCUGGCCAAACACAUGUCUUCGUUCGACAGUAAGUUCAACAACAUCUUCAUGGACGCUGGCUGGAGGGACUUGUUCGGCAGACUGGAGGCCCCAACAUCAGUUUCCAUAGACAACAUUGAUGUAGCAGGCCGCGUGUCUCAGUACCUGGCUGGGGCCAGCGUCUCGCACCAGUGUCCCAUCUCUGAGGCAAUGCUCACCUACAAACAGAAAAGGAAGAGAAGCUUGUAUUUUGAUUUUUACAUCAGCCCUGACGAGGACUCCUGUCAGAAGUUUGUGCCAUUCAUUGGGCUGGUGAAAGUGGGCAUCGUUGAGCACAACCUUUCAACCUCAAUGGACUCUGAUGAUGCUGUGAUGGGGAGCAUCAAUAUGCUGGCCUCCCCUCCCCCCCCACCGGGACCACCCUACAUGAAGGACCUGACCUGCACCCCGCCCCCCUCCCCCUCCGUCUCAGCCACCCUCGCCGGAGCCGGCUCUCCGGUGACGGGCGGGGAGGUGAUGGGGCUCCAGGUGGACUACUGGGCAUGUCACGGCGUCGACAAGAAGAAGGAAGGUGAGAAGCGAGACGUGGGCAUCAAGAAUACCCUGAAGAGCAACUUCCGCUCGCUGCAGGUGUCCCGCAUCCCCAACGGGGGCGAGCUGACCCCUCCUCCCGGCAUGGCCAUGACUGUCGUCAUGAAGGAGAAGAACAAGAAAGUGAUAUUCCUGAGUAAAAAGCCCAAGGAGAAGGAGGUGGACUCCAAGAGCCAGGUGAUCGAGGGCAUCAGCAGGCUGAUCUGCGCUGCCAAACACCAGCACACCAUGCUGAGAGUGUCCAUUGACGGUGUGGAGUGGAAUGACGUCAAGUUUUUCCAGCUGGCCGCCCAGUGGCCCACUCACGUCAAGCACUUUCCUGUUGGCAUCUUCGGCUACACCAAGCCUGCCAUGUGACAUAUCACUGCCACCUAAACCCAAGUAUGGGUAGCUGCAGCCCAAUAUGGCGACCGGAGUAUGGGCAAGCGGGUGUGUCGAAAGGAGUGGGUGUAUGGAAAGCUAAUCAACUAAUUGGGAAGAUUUGUUGCCACUAAAGACCGUUUUGCAUGGCUGAUACGAGUCAAUAAGCCACCGACCACUGCAGCGGUUUUGUAUCGAGGUGCCUGCUGACCAGCGGUGCUUCCCACUGGGCAGCCGUGUCACAUAGUCGCCAGCGGUAGCUAACAUGGCAACAACAACAAAAAUCUCCCAUGAUUUUGUUUCCAAUAGGAUAGAAGCCUACACAAGAAAUAACUAAUAUUGAUAACCAUGGAGAUUUCACAUUGACACAUACAUACAGUCUACUCAAUGGGCAGGGCAUGAAGGGCAACAACACCUGGACACAGUGUCCUUGCUCCCGCUUUUCCAAGCACCACUGUCCCGGUGUGAGAAGUAGCUAUUUAGAAGCCAGGGUGACCGUCACAGUGAGCAUACGCAUACAAGCAAUAGUACACCCAUCAUCAGUACUUUUUUUUUUUUUUAAAUAAACAAUUGUCAGUUUUACAACUUAAAAGGUACAAUUAUUUGUGUAAAACUAACAGCGAAAUACGAAUCAAACUCAAGUCCAAACUCUCUCAGUACGAUAGUUGUGUGGUAAGAACCGGAACAAAAAAACUGCAUCAUCAAAACCGUCUAACCCACUGGUUCUCAAUCCUGGUCCUGUGGACCCAAAGGGAUGCAUUUUAUUUUUUUCAACUCAUGAGGCUUUGGUGAUUUAAAUCAGGUUUGUAGUGCUAGAGCAAAAAUCUAAAUGUGCACCCCUUUGGGUCCCCAGGAUCAGGAUUGAGAACCAGUGGUCUAACCUAUAGUAGAGCGCUUUCGACAUAUCCAUUCCUUUCCACACGCCCACUACUUUCCUUUCGACACACCCACUCCUUUCCACACACCCACUACUUUCCUUUCGACACACCCACUCGGCCAUACUCAGGUCGACAUAUUGGGCUGCAGCUACCCCCUUCUCUCUAAACCCUGACCCUAGAACAGCCAUUAUCUCUCCCAUAGAGAGAGACAAGCUGGAUUCCAUUCUGAAAAAUCACUCCCCUCCUUUCUGUUCUUUGAUAUUUGUAUUUACUAGAUAUUGAGGCUAUAAAUAUGGUAAUAGCUCCAUCAAGUGAAGAUUAUAGGUCCUUACAUGCUGGUUCCCAAUGUUUCAAAAUGAAAUUAUUAGAAAUACAUUUCUAAGUCUAAGUUUGAAAUGAAUCCAACUCUUUCAGCUCUCCAUGGGCUUUCCAAGUUACCGAAGGUAGUGGGGAAAGCUGGGAGUAAAAUCCACCAGAUUGGAACCCAGCCGAGGCUGCUCUGACCAAGCAAUAAAACGUAAACAAACCCCCUAGUCCUUUUCCUGUGGAAACUGUCCAAUUACAAACCUGUGUUCCCAGUAUAAAAUGGAUGUUGCUGUCAACGUCAAAUGUUACUGUUUUAUCCACCAGCAAAAAAAAUAAGGGAAAAAAUGUAUGCUGCCUUUUAAGUAUAAUAGUAUAUAUUGUGGUUAGAAACUUAGAAUGGCCACCUGUAAUGGCAGCUUUGUUGGCACUUUUUGUUACUAUAUUAUUAUUUCUGUGAAAUCCUAUAUUGGUAAAUGUCCUGUAUAUAAUGCAAGAGGAUUGAAGGGGUGCGUUGGAGUGUGUUCGCAGUGUGUGCCGGGAGGCAGUGUGUGUUACUGAUUUUUAAGGGAAAGGGUGGGAUGCUAAGAGAGGAAUUGCUGUGAAAUUUGCAGAGGAACCCCUCUUGCUAUGGAGAGAUGUAUUUCAUUCUCUUUUUUUUAUUGAGAAAAGUGACUUAAGUUUUUGAUACACUACUUUCAAGCUAGUAUAUUUGCCUUCUUGAUUUAGAAGCACAUUUUACGGAAACAGAAUAGGGACAAUCAGUAAACCAAGAUACUUGGAACUGUAUAACGAGAGACGUUCAUCAGAGAGUGGGAUGUAUUCUUAGACGAGAUCAAUGCAGGGACUUCACUUGUGAAUUUGUGAAGAGGGACGUAGGUGCAUGCAAGAAUCUCUGGACACAAACGUGAAUAGGAGAGAGGAGUGAGAGUGGGGGAGGACAUGGAAAGAAUGAAACAAAUGUCUUGUUCCCAGUGCCCUGCUCUAACACACCUGAUUAGCCUACUGUCUCUGCAAAGGGCUCAGCAGUGCAGUUUUCAGUAAUACCUUUCUCACACUACUACUGAGUUGAUCCAAGCUCUACUGCACUGGCCUGGUUAAGCAUCCAUUAUAGUUGCUGGAAUUGUGUUCCAAAUGACCAGGUGGAAAGAAAAUACAGUUAAACAUAGUACAGUUUUGCUUGGUACAGUAGUGUGAAAAGGGUAUAAGAAUUCCCCGGUGCGUUGCUCGGUUCUUAUUUACCGGUGACUUUGAAGUGGUGUUCUUUUUUCUAACUUCAUCCAUUCUGAAAGACAGCAAUCCCUUUAUGAACCUAGCGUGCCGUAUUCAACAAUGAACAAAUUGCUGUCAACUGUUCUCUGUUUUUAUACUCUCUUUAAAGAUGGACCCACUCAUAACGUUGAGUCAAAAAGGGCCACAGGCUUCAUUGGUUUUUAGGGAAUUGCCAGGAUUGACUCUGGGUACAUUGUGAGGGACCAUUUUAAUGUCGGCAAUGUUUCUGUAUCGUGUGUUGAUGUUGUUUCAUGAGGUGUGUUUUCUCAUAGACCUAUGGGGGAAAUAACGUCCUGUGCCACUUCAGUCGAGGCUAUGCAGGACACUGGAAGGAACUUGGAAGUCAAAACAUCAGAUUCCUGCCUUAGUUAUUCCGCCUCCGUCUUUUGACCUGGUAUGUUUGUGUUGUCUAAUGUGACUUGACAUGAAAAAAAAAGAUUUUUUCCCCUUUUUUUAACUAGGCAAGUCAGUUAAGAACAAAUUAUUUUCAAUGACGGCCUAGGAACAGUGGGUUAUAACUGCCUGUUCAGGGGCAGAACGACAGAUUUGUACCUUGUCAGCUCAGGGGGUUUGAACAGGCAACCUUCCGGUUACUAGUCCAAUGCUCUAACCACUAGGCUACCCUGUCGCCCAAAUGAAAAUGCAUUUCAUUUGGAUGAAAGUGUGUUUUGGAGACUUUUAAGUGUGUGUGUUUGUGUGUGCAUGCGCUGAUAAGGGAUACUGUGUAACACCAUUUGUCAAUUUCAACCCUUUGAAAACUAUGGCUUCACUUGCGAUUAGAUACCACAUCUAUAGUAUUACAUUUGAUGUAUUUUUUGUUCAUCUUCACAGUGGUAGCUGAUUUUAACAACAGUGUAUGUUACAGUAAAUUUUAUCCUUCAUGCAUUGCUGACCGUCAAGGUGUCUUGUGUUUUUGCCUCGGAAAGAGGGAAGGUCUUCAGUCAAUCCCACUCAUUUCACUGUAUAAUGUUCCACUAUUUCAUGAUACAAAUCAACACUAUAUAUAUAAAAGUAUGUGGACACCCCUUCAAAUUAGUGGAUUCGGCUAUUUCAGCCACACCCAUUGCUGACAGGUGUAUAAAAUCGAGCAGAGCCGAGUAAUCUCCAUAGUCAAACAGACAGUAGAAUGGCCUUACUGAAGAGCUCAGUGACUUUCAACGUGGCACUGUCAUAGGAUGCCACCUUUCCAACAAGUCAUUUCAUCAAAUUUCUGCCCUGCUAGAGCUGCCCUGGUCAACUGUAUAUUCAUGCCCAUGAUUUUGGAAUGAGAUGUUGGACGACAAGGUGUCCACAUACUUUCUUUCAUGUAGUGUAUGUAUACAUAACUGAUACAUAAAUAUGUUCCACUACUUAAUAAUACAUAUUUAUAUUAUAGCACUACUUUUGGGAAGUCAAGCGGCACCAAGUAAUACCUAGAAAAACUGGACAGUCUAAUAACUCCAACAUUGAGCUUUACAGCUCUUUUAAGUAUAGUUAAAGUUUGCAUAUGUUUUUGCACAAACAUUAUUUUAAAUGAUGUGACAGACAGUAUUCUUUCUUUUUUAAAUGAACCACUAAGAGAAUACAAGGAAAAAUCUCUUGUUUUUAUGAUGUCAUGUUUCAUAUCAGUUUUUGUUUAUUGAAAUAUUUGUUUUAUUUCCAUCUUACUCUUUAUUAAGUUUUUGUAUGGCCAUUUUAUUAUUCUAACCCUUUUUAAGAAAAGAGUUGAGCUCUUUUGUAAAGAAAUUCUGUUUGGAAAUUGGGUUUUGAAGUGUUGUAAGUGAAAAACAGGCUAUUAAAGGAGUGUUGAGAGAA